UACUUAUCCCAUCUUAAAACACCAAGCAAAGUCCUAAACAUGUGAUUCUAGCAAAUAUUAAGAAAAUAAAAACAAAAACAGGAAACAUAAGUAAACAGGAAAAGGGUAUGGCGUCGUCUUCUUCGGCUCUCUCAAGACUCUCUAAUCUCCACGGACACUUGCAUCCCUCGCACUCAAAUAAGGGUGGUGUGGGGUUUAUCAAGAUUUCUCCAGAGGUUUCUGAAGCUUUGUCAAAUGACCAUGCUGUUGUUGCUCUUGAAUCCACCAUUAUUUCCCAUGGGAUGCCCUAUCCUAAGAACUUGGAAACUGCAAGGGAAGUUGAGGCAGUUGUGAGGGAAAAUGGAGCUGUUCCUGCCACGAUUGCUAUUUUGGAUGGCAUACCUUGCGUAGGUCUGAGUAUGGAAGAACUGGAGAAGCUUGCCAAUCUCGGACCCAGAGCUCAGAAGACAGCUCGAAGAGACAUCGCACAUGUUGUGGCAACCAGAGGGAAUGGAGCAACUACUGUUUCUGCAACCAUGUUUUUUGCUUCUAUGGUUGGCAUACCAUUGUUUGUUACUGGAGGGAUUGGAGGAGUACAUAGACAUGGGGAGCAUACAAUGGACAUAUCUUCUGAUCUUACUGAGCUUGGAAGGACACCAGUAGCUGUCAUCUCUGCUGGUGUAAAAUCAAUAUUGGAUGUCCCAAGGACCCUUGAAUAUUUGGAAACUCAGGGAGUUUGUGUUGCUGCUUAUAGGACCAAUGAAUUUCCAUCAUUUUUCUCUGAAACAAGUGGUUGCAAGGUGCCUUGCCGUGUAGAUACCCCAGAAGACUGUGCUCAGCUUAUAGAUGCGAACCUGAAACUUGAGCUUGGAACUGGAAUUUUGAUUGCUGUUCCAAUUCCCAAAGAGCACGCAGCUUCUGGAAGGUUAAUUGAGUCUGCAAUCAAGAGAGCUCUUGAAGAAGCUAGGGAUAAGAACAUAAUUGGAAAUGCUGCAACUCCAUUUUUGCUUGCGAGAGUUAAUGAAUUAACUGGAGGAGCUUCUCUGGCUUCGAACAUUGCACUGGUGAAGAACAAUGCACUUGUUGGUGCUAAAAUUUCCGUAGCACUUGCGCAGGUUAAAGAACGUGAAAAUAAAGGUGGUGUGAAGACAACGCUAUAGGCCUCAAAAUGUUUCAACCCAGAUCUGGUAACCGGUCACUUGACAAGCACAGUAAUUUUUGUUUUGUUGAUGGUCAUUUGAGUUUAUAACUUUCAGUACGUGAUAAUUGCGGUGACGUUGAAAUGGCCAAUGCGUGAGUUUCUCAUCCGAAAAUGUACAUUUAGUUGCUCUCCUCAGAAAAUGUACAUUAGUUGCCAUGAUACCCCAUUUAAGCUAUGGUACAAGUAUUCUUUGCUGAAUACUGCAUCUUCCUACCCAAGAAAAAUAAUUACAAUCAAAAUUGUGUUCGUUGGAUGGUUUAUAUGCAUUUCUGAUUUUAAUAAUUUUUUUGUUGUUGUGAA